AUGAAUGAAUAAUUAACUAGGAUGGAAAAAGAAAAAAAUAACCGAAGUAGAUUAUUACAUAAAAUUUAUGCUUAAAAACAGAAGGCCCCCUUUAAUAAUAUAAGUAUUAAAAUCAGAGUUUAAAAUAUGAUAAAACAAAUUCAAUUCAUUCAAAAUGAAAGAAGUCGCUGUAAAAGUGAAUUCGAAAAUAAUAAAUUUCCUUAUAUUCUAAGAUUAAAUCCACUCUCGAAACCUUAAAAUAUAGCACCUUUAAAUUUGAGAUUAAAUACCAUACGUACAAACUCAAGAAAAAGUAACUUAAUUAUGGAUGAGACUACUAAAAAAGGAAAUAAACUUUAAUAAGCUAGUUUAGAUUCAAAUCUUAGACUAACAUCAAGCCCAUAAAGAUUUGAUUCUAAGUAUAAAAAUUCAAUUUAAACUUUAAUUAUAAAAGAUACUAGUCCUGUAAAGGAGUAGCACAAAAUGAAAAUUGAAUAGCAAACAUAAGUAGAAUUUAAUUUAUUGGAAAAUAUAUCAAGCUGGUCGAGAAAGUCUUCUGAAAGCAUUUUUUGA